CAAGUUGAACGUCCACUUAUAUGUUUACCCCCAGCUGGUGUUGAUGAGCUUUCAAGAGAGUCUAAUUUGAUAAGGGCAAACAAGGGCCAGUCAAUACAUUCUGCGAAUAAUAAAGAUGAUCCAGAGGUUCAGUCUGAAUACUCUUUCACUGAGCCAUCACGCUCCCAAAUUACUUCAUUUUAUCCUAUUUCUCCUAAUCCUUCUGUUCCACAUAUGGAUGCUCUUGAAUAUGACAAACUUGCAUGGACUCUUCCUAUAGGUAUAAACCUUGCGUCAGGUGCCUUCGCCAUCAAUGCAACCAAGAAUGCUGUAGAUAAGCCUUGUAUUGCUCGCUUUGAUUUGACUGGCCGAAUCGUUCCACCUGGAGCUAUGGUUGCAACUCAUCUUGGCCUUCAUCAUCAUGGCGAGGAACCAGAGUUUGAUCUACUUUACUACGUUAUUACUCUUUUAUUGCAGCGAGCCGGCUAUUCUCUACAAGAACUUUUCCACCUUUCCCGCUCAGGAGUGCCUGCCCAACGUCAUUUGGCACUCUCUUGUAUCUCUUCUAGCAUAUUCGCGUCUCGUACUGGGGCCCAUGUUCCAUACCUAUUGCCACAUAGCCACCCUAGUUUGGUCGCCAACCUUCUUGGCCCGGAGGUGUCAGCCUCAGUCGAAGAUGUGACCUCGACUCCAUCAUCCAAUAGUCAAUGUGGCAUCGCCUGGUUGUUGCGUGUAUGUCUUGAUGAUGCCGUCACGGACGCUACCAAAACUGGUUCCUCUAUCGGAGGCGUCUCUGCUGAUAUUGUUGCUGAUUGUCUUUUUGGCCUCUAUAGCAUGUGUUCAGAUCAUAUUGGUGAGCUUCAGUAA